AUGUCUUUUAAAUUACUCGCUUCUACAAAGGUAAAUGACGAAAUUCCUGUCCAAAAAUAUGUGUCAACAACAACUGGUAUCAAAGUGUAUCUAGCACAAGUAAAUUCUCCUUUAACAAAUGCUUAUUUAGCGCUUGCUACUGAAGCUGAUUCUGAUGAUGGAAUACCUCAUACAUUGGAACAUCUAAUUUUUCUUGGCUCAGAAGAUUAUCCUUUCAAAGGAGUUUUGGAUCUUUUAGCGAAUCGAUGUCUUGCCAAUGGAACAAAUGCAUGGACAGAGACAGAUAACACUGUUUAUACAUUAAGUUGUGCUGGUUCUGAAGGAUUACUUCGUCUCCUGCCUGUAUACUUAAAUCAUGUUCUGUUUCCAACGCUUACUAAAAGUGCAUUUAUUACCGAAGUUUACAGCAUAACUGAGAAUGGCGAAGACAAUGGUGCAGUUUAUUGUGAAAUGCAAGGAAGAGAAAAUUCUGGUGAGUCUCGAGGGAAUUUAGAAUUGCUGAGAAAUAUCUUUCCCAAUCACGGAUAUUCAAUGGAAACUGGUGGAAUAAUGAAGAACAUCCGCGACAGUUUGACGAUUGAGAAAAUCCGCGAAUAUCAUGCAAAGUUUUAUCAACCUGAAAAUCUUGCUGUAAUCAUCGCUGGUCAAGUUAACAUCGAUGAUAUCGCCAAAUCUAUUGAAUCAAUCGAGAAAAAGAUUUUACAGAAGAAAUCGACGUUUCCUGAAUAUGAGAAACCCUGGCAAACACCUGUGAAGCCUUUGAAGGAAACGAAAGAUAUUAAAAUCUUAUUUCCAAGUGAUGAAGAGGAAUGUGGUCUAGUUUAUGUCGGUUACCAUGGCCCUAAAGCCACAACAGAAUUUGAAACGCUCACUGCUUGCUACAUUCUUAUGAAAUAUCUUUGCGAUACUUCUGUCUCUCCAAUUCAACAAUCGUUUAUCGAAAUCGACGAUCCAUUCGCAUCUCGUGUUAGUUACAACAUCACAGAGAAUUCAACUUCACUUUUGUUUUUCUCAUUCGAAAAUGUUCCAAUUGAUAAAAUUGAUUUUAUUUACGAACGUUUAAUUCAAUUGUUAGUUGAUUUAGCUAAUGGUGUUGAAAAGCUUGACGAACAACGUUUGAAAACCGUUUUUGAGAAAUACAUUCUCGAACGUUUAAGCAGUUUGGAAAAUUCUCCACAUGAUGACAUCACUUUUCAUGUUCUUGGUGAUUUUCUGUAUGCAGAUAAAGUUGAAGAUUUUCAGAAACGUUUAAAUGUUACCGACAUCAUAGCGAAACUUCAAGACGAGAAAAUUGAUUAUUGGUUGAAUUUAUUACGAAAAUAUUUCAUCGACAAUCAUUGCGUUAUUGUGAGAACAAUUCCAAGCAUUUCCGAGAAAGAAAAGUUAUCGAAGGAAGAAGCAGAUCGUUUGGAAGCUCGUCGAAAGGAACUUGGAAGUGAUGGUCUUGCUAAGAAAGGUCGUGAAUUGGAAGAAGCCAUGAGCGAAAACGAUAAACCACCACCACUUGAAAUGUUGACAUCACUUCCAAUACCAUCAACUGAUAGCAUUGCGUUCCAUCAAUUUGACGUUAUCAGGAAAACUGACAAGAACCAGAAAAUUAAUUUGUCUCAAUUACCAUUUUAUGUCGAAGCUUAUAAUUUAAAAUCAAAUUUUGUUUACGUCACAGUCGCUUUUGACACUUCAGAAUUGCCACCAGAACUUCGCAGUUAUUUGUUGUUGUUUCUCGAUUUGAUUCUUGAGUCACCAGUUCAAAUAAAUGAUGAACUUUUACCAUAUGAAGCUGUCGUUUCAGCUCUUGAACAAGAUAUGAUCAGCUAUGAAACAAGCUUAGGACUUCAAUCAGCAAGUCGUUUUGGUUGCGGACCAUUUUCCAACACCGUAACAUUUCACAUGCAAGUUGAAGUGAAAAAGUUUGAAAUUGCAAUUGGUUGGAUGACACAUUUAUGGUUUCAUUCAGUUUUCACUCAAGAUCGCGUUCAUAUUGUUGCAUCAAAACUUGUCAAUGAUAUUGCAACAGCUAAAAGAAAUGGAUAUGACAUGGCACGUGAAAUAUCUAAAGCAAUGUACUACAAGAAGAACACAAAUGUUAACCGCAACUCAGUGUUAAGUCAAUACACAUUCUUAACAGAACUUGUUGAAGGUUUAAAAGACAAAACUCAAUUGGAAAAGGUUCUUAACAACUUAAACGAACUUCGAGGAUUGUUAACGCCAUCACUGACAGUUCAUGUAGCUGCAAACUUUGAGAAAAUCACUGAUUUGAAAACGCCUUUGACACCAUUAAUUGAGAAGAUUGAAGAGAUGACAAAAUCAACUGUUGAUCAUCUUCCCGUGACAUUUGACUAUGAAUUAAUGAACAAAAAUGGUAACUUAGAAAAGGAAUUUACAGGAACAAUCGUUGGAAUUGGAUGUGUUGAAAGUGGUUUCUUGUUUUGCUCAUCACCUGGCAUAAACAAAUUUAUGGAUGAAGAUUUAUCAGCAAUUUUACUUUAUCUUCAAUAUUUGUCACAACUUGAAGGUCCAAUGUGGAAGAAAAUCAGAAAGAACAGUUAUGGGUAUAAUGUGGUUCCAAAGCCUAAUGAAGGUCUCAUCAUGUUCAGUUUAUAUCGGGCAACGAAUAUUUAUGAAGCUUAUAAAGAUGCAAAAGUUAUUAUCGAAUCUCAAUUGGAAGAUGGAUCGGAGUUUGAUAAAACACUUUUGGAAUCAGCAAGAAGUUCGUUGAUCUUUGAAAUUAUUGAACAUGAGAAGACGGUCGGUGAUUUAGUUCAACAAGCAAUGUUGAAUUCAUUUAAAUGUGCACCGAAAAAUUAUAAUAAAAUUCUUGUUGACAAAGUUGCUGGUGUGACAAUUGAAGAUCUUCGUCGUGUUGGCGCAACUCAUUUCUCAACAAUGUUCAAGCCUGGAAUGUCGAAAGUUGUCAUCGUUUGUCAUCCAGAUAAAGUUGAAACAAUCAAAAAACAAUUUGAAGAUUUUGGACAUAAUUUGAAACAAAGUUCGUCACUUGAGGCAAGCAUACUUAAUUCGUGUUCUUAA